AUGGUCUUUUACUUCACUUCUUCCGUCUCGGAUCCUUCGAGCACACUUUAUGUUGGCAAAGACAAAUUCGAGAGUUGCUGCAACCAGGGCACCUUGCUGAACCAAAUGCAGUUCCACGCCGACAAUCUUUCCUCAGCGCACAUAUACCUCCGCUUACAAGCCGGACAAGACUGGGAAACUAUUUCAAAGGACCUGAUAGAGGACUGUGCACAGUUGACAAAAGCAAACUCGAUUGAAGGUACUCCCUGCUCAUUUCCUCCUCUCUUCGUUCGGUCGUACCAAACGUUCACACUCGAUCAAAAAGGCAACAAGAAAGAAAACAUAACCAUAAUAUAUACUCCCUGGUCCAACCUCAAGAAGGAUGGUGGUAUGGCCACCGGGCAAGUCGGCUUCCACGAUAGUCGCAAAACGAAACGUAUCCUCGUCCCGGUUCGCAUCAACGCCAUCAUCAAUAGAUUGGAGAAAACGAAAAAGGUUGGUGAGGCGGAGGAAUUGCCUGCUGCUAAAGACGCCUACUUGAAAGAGCAGAGGAGAAUGAAGAGGAAGGACGCCGAAGGAAAGAGGAAGGAGGAGGAGAGAGAGUUAGAGGAGAAGCGGAGGGAGAAGGAGGAGAGGGAACGGGCCUGGGAAGAGCUGAGGGCUGGCGGGGAAGGGAGGAGCAACGAGGAGGGGUUUGAUGAGGACGAUUUUAUGUGA